CAAACUGAGAGCACCGUUUUGUUAUUGAUUCAGGCUAAACUACUCGGGUAGAUUUCUUUUAAGCAUAAUAGCUCUGUGAAUUCAGUAAUCUGUUCGGAGCUUGGAAUGGAUAAGAUAGAUUGAUUGAUCUUCCUCCGUCUACUUGUCGCAGAAACUUACAUUAAAAUAUUGAGUAGAAAAAUUCAAAUGAAUAUAGCAGUUGAUUGGUGUGUCCUGAACCAGGCCUGGGCUGACCAGAUGGAAUGAUUGAGUUUCCAACCAACCAGCCCAGAUUGGCGUUAUUGAUUUUUGACCUAGAUUUUAAGUCUUUUAACAGCCAAAGCCUAGCCCCUGAUGUGAACAGAAAACCACAGGAAAAGAUAUUGAAUUGAACAAGUAUGAUACUAUGUGCAGUAAUCGUGUAUGUUUUAUAUUUCUAAAGAACAAGUAUGCUUUUCUCUUAAUCAAGAGGUAUGCCAAUAUCUGGUGUUGAAGUUGUCGAUCAUUUAUAGCACUUUAAUUUCUUAUUAAGUGCUUGGAGAGCUUCAGGAAUGAAAUGUUCUGUUUUAGUUUUUCACUUCAUUGGAGGCCACUAGUUAUCCUCUAAAGCAGAUUCAUUUGGAAAUGUUGAUGAAGAUUAAAAUUAAAGCCUUCUUGGAUCUCAAAGGACAUUCUAGUGUAAGUCAACAUUUAUUCGUAUAAAUUGAAAUGAGAUCAUUUCAUGCCAUGGCUUCACAAAACACCUUAUUGAAAUAGAAGCUUAUCACUGUUAUGAGAUUAGGUUGCUUCAGUGUCAGACUUGAAACAGUGGGUCUUGAGCUAAUUAUGCAAAAGAAGUUUAUAUUGGCGUGAGCUGUAAAUUAGGGGAUAUCCCUUGAAUUCAGGGAUACCUCUUAUCUUAAGUUUGUAUGUAACUAGGAGAGAUAGAACAAGUUUACGUGUAACUAGGAGAGGUGUGUAUUGUGUAUAUAUAACUCAUUCUUUGCAAAGGAAGGAUAAUAAAAAAAAAAUAGAAGAGCUUCUCCUUCUACUCGAGUUAUCAUGGUAUCAGAGCGUCACGAUCCGUGACAAACUCGACGUCUCGAUCGCUGCGAAAUCUUGGUCGCCGGUAGGUGACCACUGCUAUUACCGCUGCAAGUCCGACGGUGGCUCUAUCCACUGCUAUUACCGCUGCAAGUCCGGCGGUGGCCCUAUCGUAUGGUGUUUUCCCUCUAUCCAUAACUAUCAACCCCACCGCGGACCCCGGUGGUUGGCUACUACUACUGUCGUUGCAAGACCGACAAUUGCUCUGCUAAGAUCUCGCCGUCUCAUCGUGGUCGCCGAUAGCUGACAACUGCUACUGCCGCUGCAACCCGCUGAUAUUGCCGCUGUGAAUUCUUGCUGAGUGCAACCCUCAUCUUCUUCACAUCAGAACUGUGAUUCCACCGUGGUCACCGGUGGUUGACAACUGCUACUGCCGCUGCAAUCUGCCUGCCUCUUCGCGAUCUGCAACGACCAAACACCGUUCCCUAACACUCAGCGUUAGGGGAGAUUGUUGACUUCCUUCUACUCCGCGACGCCAUCGGAAGAACACCCUUCUACAGGCACAAUCAUGUCUGGUUCGGAAACCUCAGAUCCAUUUGGAGAACAACGGCCUAAUCCUACCCUCACUGAAUUGACCACCAGAAUGACUGAACUCCUGCACAAACCGAUCCUGACUGCAGAGACCUCCGCCGCUCAAAUCGGUAUUUAGUUGGACGACACCAACUAUGCCCUUUGGUCCCAAGUUGUUGAGAUGUAUAUCUCUGGCAGAGACAAACUGGGAUAUAUUAAUGGUGAACUUCCUCAGCCUCCACCGACUGACCCAACCUUUUGAAGGUGGCGCACCGACAACGCUAUUGUCAAAGGUUGGUUAAUUAACUCCAUGGACAUAUCCUUGAUUGGUAACUUUAUUCGAUUCCCUACAGCAAAGAUGGUGUGGGAUUCUAUUGCUACUACGUACUUUGAUGGCAGUGAUACCUCACAAGUAUACGAUCUCCGGCGCCGUGUGACCUUUUUGCGCCAGUUUGGAGGGUCUCUUGAAAAGUACUAUAAUGACCUCCAAGGAUUGUGGAGAGAAAUUGAUUUUUGUCGUCCGAAUCCGAUGGAGUGUGCGGUGGAUAUUCAAUGGUACAAUACUCUCCUUCAAGAAGAGAGAGUGUAUAUUUUCUUGGAUGGCCUUGAUGACAGACUAGACAAGAUUCGGGCAGAUGUACUCCAAAUGCAUCCGUUUCCCACUAUUGAACAAGCAUACACACAUGUUCGGAGAGAAGCUAUCCGACAGAGGGUCAUGAUCACCGGCAACAAUACUGAAACUCCAGGAGCUGUUUUGGCCUCUAAAGGUGUUAAGACUGGGCAACCUACGCCCUCCUCAACGGGCUCUCUGCCUGCAAGCAACGAAAAAUCUGGAGAAUUGCUUCAAGCUACAUGGCUAUCCCGACUGGUGGCAUGAACUCCAAGCUCGGAAACGUCAAGACAAGGCCGAAACUAGUGGUAAGGUUGCAACGGUUAUCUCUUGCAACAAACCUUGAUUGGCCACUACACCAGUUCGAUGUGAAGAACGCCUUCCUCCAUGGUGAUCUUGAAGAUGAGGUAUACAUGGACAUCCCACCUGGUUAUACAACGAACUACAGCGAGCACUAUAUGGACUGAAACAAUCACCACGGGCAUGGUUUGGGAGGUUCAGUCUUGCGAUGAGAAAAUAUGGCUUCCAACAAAGCAAUUCAGAUCAUACACUAUUUCUGAAGCACCAACGAGGAAGGGUGACAACUCUAAUAAUAUAUGUGGAUGAUAUGAUUAUCACAGGGAAUGAUUCAGGAGAAAUAGCAACACUGCAGAAGCAAUUGGCAACUGAGUUUGAGAUAAAGAACUUAGGCGGGCUCAAGUACUUUCUAGGAAUUGAAGUUGCUAGAUCAAAGGAAGGCAUAUUUCUGUCUCAACGGAAAUACACCUUGGACUUGCUCUCCAAAGUGGGACAGUUAGAGUGCAAACCGGCAGAUACACCAAUCGUUCAAAACCAUAGACUUGGAGAAUAUCCAAACCAAGUACCUACCAAUAAGGAGAGAUAUCAAAGGUUGGUUGGUAAACUCAUUUACCUCUCACAUACUCGUCUAGACAUCGCCUACGCCGUCAGCGUAGUAAGUUAGUUCAUGCAUUGCUCAAGCGAAGAUCACAUGAAUGCUGUAAUGCGGAUUCUUCGAUACUUGAAGUCCUCUCCUGGAAAAGGAAUCAUGUUCUCAAAAAAUAAUCAUCUGAAGAUAGAAGGCUACACAGAUGCAGAUUGGGCCGGAAAUGUCUCAGAUAGAAAAUCCACCUCGGGGUACUUUACAUUUGUCGGUGGAAAUCUGGUCACAUGGAGGAGUAAAAAAACAGAAGGUAGUAACCCUAUCAAGCGCUGAAGCUGAGUUUCGAGGAAUGGCUAAAGGGCUUUGCGAGCUACUCUGGCUUAGAAGAUUGAUGACUGAAAUUGGUUUCCCCCCAACCUCUAAAAUAGACCUAUUAUGUGAUAACAAGGCAGCCAUUGACAUCUCUCAGAAUCCCGUCCAACAUGAUCGAACAAAGCAUGUGGAGGUGGACCGGCAUUUCAUCAAACAAAAUAUCGAGGACAGAAUCAUACGAUUUCCCUUUGUCAAAUCUGAAGACCAGCUGGCAGAUAUACUUACAAAUGUUGUAUCCAGUAAAAACUUCUACAACUCACUUGGCAAGUUGGGCAUCCAAGAUUUGUACGCACCAACGUGAGGGGGAGUAUUGGCGUGAGCUGUAAAUUAGGGGAUAUCCCUUGAAUUCAGGGAUACCUCUUAUCUUAAGUUUGUAUGUAACUAGGAGAGAUAGAACAAGUUUACGUGUAACUAGGAGAGGUGUGUAUUGUGUAUAUAUAACUCAUUCUUUGCAAAGGAAGGAUAAUAAAAAAAAAAAUAGAAGAGCUUCUCCUUCUACUCGAGUUAUCAGUUUAGAACCAAUACAUAUUUUCAAAGCAAUAUGGGGUUCUGGGAGAGGUAGACUUAAUGUAAAUCUGUACUUCGAAAAAAAAA